GGCGGCGGCGGCUGCACCAGCAACCCCAGCAGCCGGGAUGGCACUCCUCGGUGGACUGUUCUAGGUUGACACCUGGCGGAUCAGGACUGUCUUUUUCCAGACCCCUUUUCUGAGGCUGAUUGCAAGGGGGCCUCAUCCAUGGAAGACACAAUGUCUUCUUUCCCAUUCUAUGCUCUGCUAAUGCUCGUCCUGCAGGAAUCACUGUCUACUGCUUAUUCUUGCCCCCCACAGUGUGUCUGUGAGACUCGUCCCUGGUUCACCCCCCAGUCUGUCUACCACGAGGCCCGCACAGUGGACUGCAAUGAUCUUCUCCUGACGCACGUGCCAAGCAACCUCUCCUCAGACACCCAGGUCCUUCUCCUGCAGAGCAAUAAGAUAUCUAAGGUCAAUGGGGAGUUUCAGCAUUUGCUCAAUUUAACCGAGCUCGAUCUCUCUCAAAACCACUUCUCCAAAAUCAGUGAUGCUGGGUUGGCCAAUCUCUCAUGCCUCAUUACACUUUACUUGGAGGAGAACCAGGUGGAGGAGAUGCCUGACCACUGCUUAUCUGACCUGGCAUCACUUGAAGAACUUUACAUAAACCACAAUCGCAUCUCCUCCAUCAAGCCAUUGGCAUUCGCUGGGUUGACCAAUCUUCUCCGGCUGCACCUCAAUGCCAACCGUCUCCGUGCCAUUGACCACCGUUGGUUCCAGUCUCUACCCAACUUGGAGAUCCUCAUGAUUGGAGAAAACCCCAUCUCCCAUCUCGGAGCAGGGAGCUUCCAGCCACUAGGGCGCCUUCACAGCCUCGUCUUGGCUGGAAUGGAGCUUAGCGAAGUACCCUCUGAUGCCUUCCAAGGCCUGGACUAUUUGGAGAGUCUGUCCUUUUAUGAUAAUCACCUUCCACGUGUCCCCACAAAGGCAUUGAAAAGCCUGCCUCUCUUGAAGUUCCUGGAUCUCAACAAAAACCCCAUCACAGAAAUUUGGACAAGUGACUUCAAGGAUAUGUUGCAUUUGGAGGAACUGAGCCUCAAUGGCAUGGAGGAACUGACUGACAUCCACCAAGGGGCUUUUGAGAACCUCCCAGAGUUGGCCAAGCUGGAGCUGUGCAACAACCCUCGGCUCUCCUAUUUGCACCCGGGUGCCUUCCAGGGGGUGCCUGCUCUUCGCACCCUCUUGGUCAGCAAUGCAGCCCUUGCUGUUCUCCCUCUUGGCCUGACAGGUGCCUUGCCUGCUUUGGCUGAGCUGAGUAUCUAUGGAAACCCCUUGCGCUGUGACUGCUCAGAGGCCUGGGAACCAUUAGUCAGUGGGCACAUCCAGCUGGUCGAGUCGCAAACCACUCUGUGUACCUCGCCCUCCGAAGCCUCCGGGCAAGAAUUCCAAGAAUCACUGAAGAGUAUAAUCGGAGGGCCCUGCUUGCCAGAAAUAACUUCCAAGGAUCUCCCGGAUCAUUUGGAGGUGUCCUCUGGUUCAACCAUAGCUUUGGAUUGCCAGGCCAGCUCAGAGCCACCACCACAGUUCCAUUGGAUAACCCCAUCCGGAGAAAAAGUGAUAAAGGAGUCAGGAAAACUGCAUGUGAGGAAAGGGGGUACUCUCGAGAUCAGUGCAGUUACCCCAGCAGACUCGGGAAUCUACACCUGUGUGGCAUGGAACAGGCUGGGUUCGACCAGCCGCAGCGUGACCCUCGCCGUGAUUGGAGAGAGGACCUUCGCUCCUGUCAGGCUGCUGGUCCUGGCAAAGAAGGUGCAGUCGCAUUUUGUGGUGGUGGAGUGGACAACGUCCUUCCCCGAGGGUCAGAAAAAGGAGAGGGGAGGUGACUCAGCCACGCCCCACCCACCCCCAGCUCCUCCACCAUGGUCGUCGGCCACCAUGCGCAUCCAUAACCCCCACCUGAGCUACACAGCCCGGGUUCCAGUGGGCAUCCGGGAAUUCAACCUCACUCAUUUGCAGCCCGCAACCCGUUAUGAAAUUUGUCUGACUGUUGUGUCCUCUGUUCCCAAGUCCUCGGCAGCAGUUGCUGCUGCUGCUGCUGUUGGCGGUUACACCGAGGUUUCCUCAGCUUCAGCAACCUCCACCAACAAUUCGACAUCUUCUUCUACGGGUUCUUCAGAAGCCGCCUUAGCAACCACAAGUACUUCUGCUUCUCCUCUGGGUUCCUUGGCAACCUCCAGUGGUGGUUCUUCAACAUCUCCUCUAGGGCACCCAGUAGCAACGGCGGCUUCUUUAGCAAUGCCCAAAGGCUUUUCAGCAGUCCCUGGGGGUCUCUCGGGAACCCCGAUGGUUACUCCUACACCUGUUCGGCACCUACCCCGGACACAGCGUUCCUGCCUCAACGUCACCACCAAGGAGGCCUCGCUUUCUGUGGAGCUGAUGGGAGGGUGGGCAGGAGGAGCAGCCCUUGCCGCUGUCACCGGAUCCUUGUUAGCAGCCCUGAGCGCUGUGCUCCUGCUUCUCUGUGCCUCACGGCGGCUCAAGGAAAAAGGAUGCCGCCAUUCCCUCAAGAAGUACAUGCAACAUGCAGCAGCCAUCCCACUCAAUGAGGUCUACCCUCCCUUGAUCAGUUUAUGGGACGCUGAAGGAGAUCCACCCAUGCCAAUGGCUCCUCUCGUGCAACUGGCUCCUCCAACAUCGACUCCUCCUCCAGCCCCACCCACCACACUGGGAGGGCACACGGUCCUGCUGCCACCCCCUUCUGAGCAAAUCGACACUUCUAAGACCUAUUUGUGGCAACAGCCAUGAAUUAAGGAUAUGGUGGGCAGGCGUACACACCUCUUUGCCCAGCUAUUUCAGGAAACCUUCCCCCCCUCCAUGGAUUUUAGGGUCUAAGAAUGGGGCUUCCAGGCUUUCCCAAAUCCAUGACCUUGCCUCCCAUAUUUCCUCUUUGCACAUCUCAUUCACACCUCAUUCACACCACCUACACACACCCAUUAUAGACAGCACCAGGAACCUGGAUGGCGCUCUCUCUCCUAUUUUUUUUUGUUUGUUUUUAGACAAGGUCACACUGUGUAGUCAUAGCCAAAUAGAGAGGGGAGUAUCAGGCGGAGGGUGACAAGGCCCCUGGGACAGUGUAGCCCCUGGGGGGCAGGAAAAAAAAAGCUUUGAAUAAAGUUAUAGAGUUGGACAACACCAAAGAGCAUUUCGACGUGUUUAUUGGGGAGCAAACAGUCACAGACCGUCCCCACAAUGAAAGUUGUCCAUAUACUGCUGUAAGUAAACACAUAUUAUAAUAAUUAUGUGUCAUCAAGUCAAUUCUCACUCAUGGCAAUCCCUCCAAGA